UAUUCCUCAGUGCCACAAGGACCCUCCCUUCGAAGGCAGGAUUUUUGCUUAUUAGUUAAAUGUUUGCUCUGAAACCGGAUACCUGGUUUAAGAAAAAAAAAAAGACCCCUUCUUUGACUGACUGCAUCUAUUUAAAAAGACAAGGCUAGGUUUAUAAGUCCUAGGUUCUUCAUGUGCCCAUAUGAGUCUUCAAAGCAAGACUUUUUUUCCCAAAAUUUAUCCCCCCCUUCUUGACUUGCUGUGUCAAAGGAGCAUGAAGUGGGCACAGUGCACAUAGUUAAAGACCACUGCGAGUGUAGACCUGCCUGUACUUGACACUUUUCAUCCAGAUUUCGUUGAACCUGCCACUCCAAUGACCCAAGAGACACACGGGGCUCUCCGACUCUCUAAUCAGGAGUCCGUUUGAGAUUUGGGGAAAAGAAAAAAAAAAUUACAAAACAAAAAAAAAACAAACAAACAAGAUCUUAGCUGCCUGGACAAAUGAACACAAAUGCAUUUAGGGGCUGGAAGGAGAGACUCCACUUCUCACCUCACCACCAAGGGAACGCUUUUUGCCUGGAUAGUUUUAUAUUUUUCCUGUUGCCUGGAUAUUUCUCAGGGAGCAACUGAAGAUGUUGACGUUCUUCAGAAGCUGGGCCUCACGGGAGACAAGUCAUCUGCCCGCCCAGUGCCUCAGGGAGUCAUCCCGUAUAAGUUGGGGGUCAUUUUGACGCAACAAGCUAGAGUGGAAGCUCCAGUUCACUCUGUUAUACCGCCGAACUUAGGAACAAAUUUCACUCUGGUGCUGAGCUUCAGCUCCCACCGCAUAAGCAAUGCUUUUCUAUUUGCCGUUAAAAGCAAGAGAAAGAAACUCGAACUCGGGGUACAGUUCAUCCCGGGCAAAAUUAUCGUCUAUGUGGGUCACAAGCAGUCUGUGUAUUUUGAUUACAGUGUUCACGAUGGCCAGUGGCACAACAUGGCCCUUGGUUUUCAAGGCCAAAAGGUGACUCUAUACACUUCCUGCGGGAAGCAAAGAGUUAAUGCCAGUUUGCAUACAAGGAAGGAUGUCCCGUUGGAUUCCGAUGGGGUUUUUUUACUUGGUAAAAUGAACCAGCACUCUGUUCAAUUCGAAGGCGCACUUUGCCAAUUUGAUAUUUAUCCUCCAGCCAAGGCAGCUCAUAAUUACUGUAAAUAUCUUAAGAAGCAGUGCAGGCAGACCGAUACCUAUAGGCCGAACCUACCAAAUUUAGUUCCGCCGAUUCCUAACCAAGACAGAUUCCAUCUUGUCACCGAGCUACCAUCAAGAUCUGUUCAAAACCUUACCGCCGUUAUACACCGGAGAGAGUUGAUUGGAACAAGCUUUAGCACCGGCACAAAAAGGAUAGCUUCUAGUAGGCUUCCUACUGUGAAAAGAACUACCAAAUCACCAUCCUUGCUUGCCUCAACAUCUCGGCCUCCUACUAGAAUUGAUACACAGCUUGCUUCAAGCACCGUGAUAAGGACUGCUACCACUGUUCCCAGAUCAUCUACAUCGUUGCCAGUUAAUCCUCUGUCAGAAGAUGCUGUUUUCAAAUUAGCCAGGUCAACAAGUCAAAGCAGAACCAAAUAUGAGAAGCAGCUAGAGAAGGAAACCAAGAAUCUCUACCAAAAAUCUACCAUCAAACCAUCUGUGACAUCUGCUGCUUCCAAGCAAAUUAAAAAGACCACAGGAAGCAGACGGAGCACCAACACCAUCACCCCAAAACAAGCUGUAGAGAAAUUGACUAGUGGAUCCAACCCAAAGAAUCACUCUUCUGUGAAGUGGAAGGUUGAAUCAACCACAUCUGUACUUUACACCAAACCACCGUCCUCAUCUGUUCCACCAUCAACUCACGUGGUCUCAGCCAAUUCUCCCUUUGCUCAUGAUUACUACUGGCUUGAUCCAACACCAUUUCCAUUACUGAUGGGACCUCCAGGGCCCAAAGGCGAUCAGGGUAGUCCAGGUUCUCCUGGUUUAUCGGGUCUCUCUGGUCCACCUGGAAAAAGAGGCCCACGGGGUCCCCCUGGCCCUCAUGGAAAUCCUGGCCCACCUGGUAUGCCCGGCCCAAAAGGGCAAAAGGGUGAUCCUGGAAUUUCACCAGGAAAAGCAAUAAAUGGAUUCAAGGGAGAUUCUGGUUUGGCUGGCCUAACUGGAGUUCCUGGGCCACUAGGCCGUAAGGGACUAAAGGGCUACCUAGGACCUCAAGGACAUCCUGGUGAACCGGGUGUGCGAGGACCCGAGGGAAGCGCAGGGGCCAAAGGUUAUCCUGGCAGGCAGGGCUUGCCUGGACCAAUAGGAGUUGCUGGGCCCAAGGGAAACCGGGGCUACAUUGGCCCCCCUGGUUUAUUUGGGCUGCCUGGCGCUGAUGGAGAACGUGGUUUGCCUGGAGUUCCCGGGAAGAGGGGCACCAUGGGUAGGCCGGGAUUCCCUGGUGAUUUUGGAGAGAGGGGGCCUCCCGGAUUGGAUGGGAACCCAGGUGAAUUGGGCGCCCCAGGUCCUCCCGGUGUUCCUGGAUUCGUAGGCGAUAUGGGUGCUGUUGGAGCUGUAGGAUUUCCAGGACCCAAAGGUUUGAAGGGGCUACCGGGGAACCCUGGAGAAUCUGGACUGAAAGGUGAUAAGGGCGUUCAGGGAUUUCCAGGGAUACCCGGAGAUAUUGGCUUUCAAGGAGACAAGGGCAGUCAGGGUCUUCCAGGGCCACCUGGAAUGCGUGGGAAACCUGGACCAAUGGGGAAACCAGGCGAUAAGGGGUUUGCUGGAUUCCCAGGUCCUCCAGGACCAGAGGGCUUUCCUGGGAACAUUGGGCCUCCAGGAGAAAAUGGUCCGGAAGGUAUCAAGGGAAAGCCAGGAGCCCGAGGGUUCCCAGGACCCAGAGGACAGCCAGGACAUGAGGGGGAUGAGGGACCAAUUGGGCCACCAGGAGCUCCAGGUCUGGAGGGUUUAGCUGGGCGGAAGGGCUAUCCUGGGAUUCCUGGGGCAGAAGGUCCAAAGGGUGAAGUGGGCAACACAGGAAGAUCUGGGAAGAUCGGUGAACAGGGGCUUCAAGGAUUUAUUGGUCCAGUGGGGGAGACAGGUGUCGCGGGGGAGAAGGGAGACCGUGGAGGGAUUGGGAGUCCAGGCCCACCAGGGGAAAAGGGAUCAAUGGGUCAUCCUGGAAACCCAGGACCACCAGGUUCUCCGGGCCCUCCUGGACCACCGGGUUCGCUUGGGUCAAGGGGUUCUCCUGGAGUGCGUGGACCAAAAGGACGCAGGGGUGCUAGAGGCUCUGAUGGACCAGCGGGAGAACCUGGACUUCCAGGUACUAAGGGUCCCACUGGGAUACAGGGCAAGCAAGGUCUGAUUGGUGAGCAGGGCAAAAUAGGAGAAAGAGGAGUAAUAGGAUUGCAAGGUUUUCCAGGAAUACCAGGACCCUCUGGCCCACCAGGAGAGAAGGGAAUUCCAGGAAAUCCAGGCUCCGUUGGACCGCAAGGACCCGUAGGGGCUUUGGGAGAAAUGGGACACAAGGGACCUCAAGGAGCAAAGGGGGAGCCAGGACCUCCAGGUGAACCUGGAUUAAAGGGAGACCUCGGCCCAAUAGGCAUUCCAGGAGAACAAGGUCUUAUCGGUCAAAGGGGAGAGACCGGAAUGGAGGGGGAGAGCGGCUUACUCGGUCCUGAUGGCAUGAAGGGAGAAAAGGGACAGCCCGGACCUGAUGGGGAAAAUGGAGAGAAAGGAUUGGAAGGGGCAAAAGGAAAGGAUGGACCCCCUGGUAUUCCUGGACUCCCAGGUGUCAGAGGCAUGGAAGGAAAGCCUGGAAAACAAGGAGAAAAAGGAAAACCCGGCCAAAAGGGUAGCAAAGGCUUUGAGGGACAUUUGGGAGAAACUGGUGUUCCAGGCGAUCCAGGGCCCAUUGGGAAUCAAGGACCUAAGGGAAGCAGGGGCACGCGUGGACCAGUUGGAUCCCCUGGAAGAAUGGGCGCACAGGGUGAACCAGGAAUGCCAGGCUAUCAGGGACAUAAGGGACCCCCUGGUCCAAUUGGACCGCCGGGAAUAAAAGGCGAAAAGGGGGAACAAGGGGACGAUGGGAAGGCAGAAGGUGCCCCCGGAGCUCCUGGAGACAGAGGGCCUGUCGGUGACCGCGGAGACAGAGGAGAGCCUGGAGACCCCGGAUAUCCUGGUCAAGAUGGACCAGAGGGACCUAGAGGAAAUGCCGGGCAGCAGGGAUUACUGGGGCAUCAUGGGCCGCGAGGUCUUCAGGGCUUAACGGGAUCCAAAGGCGCAGUGGGUUUGAAAGGAAAGGCCGGGAAACCAGGGGAGCCGGGAGGCCGGGGACAGCCCGGAGCUAUAGGUAUGACUGGGCCAAGGGGAGUAGUAGGAAGACAGGGCCAGGAGGGCCCUGCCGGAGCUGAUGGUAUUCCAGGAAAGGAUGGAAGUCCUGGACUUAAGGGAGAACAAGGAGAAGAUGGGGAAUUUGGCCUUACUGGAACAUCAGGAAAACGAGGAAAUACAGGCGUUCCCGGAAUGGCAGGGGCUCAGGGACCACCAGGAUUCAGGGGUGAAAGGGGAUUACCUGGUGAAAUGGGGCUGCCAGGAAAACGUGGUGUGGAAGGAGGAACGGGAAUUCCGGGAGCCAAAGGGGAGCUUGGGACCAAAGGGCAGCCAGGGGACGCCGGGGAGAUGGGGUAUCCGGGCAUCGACGGACUCUUUGGACCCAAGGGCCCUCCGGGCGAUGUCGGAUUUAAGGGCAUUCAGGGACCAAAAGGACCUUUAGGAUUAACGGGGAAAGAAGGCGCUGCAGGAUCUACGGGUGUGGUGGGACCCACUGGAAAGCCUGGGCCGGUUGGAGACCGAGGAAGUCAAGGGGAUGAUGGAAUGUCGGGUCCUCGGGGUCCUCCUGGUCCAAGGGGAAAGGCUGGUCCGCCGGGCCCUUUGGUGAUCCUCGAUUCCUACAAGGAACAAGACUUUGCUGCAUCUUACCAAGCCAUCAUGGACUCCAGUCAAACAUCCUAUCGGAGUACCACCUACAUGACGGGGGACCGUGAAUCGGAUCUAUUUAAGACCCUGCACUACCUCAGUAGCCUCAUCCAGAGCAUCAAAAACCCGCUCGGGACGAGGGAUAACCCCGCUCGCAUCUGCAGAGAUUUGAUCGACUGCCGACAGAAAACGGGAGACGGCAUUUAUUGGAUCGAUCCAAAUAUCGGCUGUACUUCGGACGCCGUCGAAGUCGCGUGCAAUUUUACAGAAGGCGGUCAAACCUGUCUCAGACCCGUCACGACAUCUAAACUGGAGUUUGGGGUUGGCAGGGUUCAGAUGAACUUCCUUCGCCUGCUGAGUUCGGAGGCUACGCAGAGCAUUACUUUUCACUGUCUGAAUGUGCCGGCAUGGCAGAAAUCUUCCAAAACGGUGCGGUUCAAGGCAUGGAACGGACAAAUAUUCGGCGCGGAAGGAACGUUUCGGCCAGAGGUGUCGGCGGACGGCUGCGAGGUGCAAGACGGACGCUGGCAUCGGACCGUUCUUAUCUUUCGAACCCGGGACCCGGCUCAGCUCCCGAUUGUCGACGUUCUCAAUCUACCGAUACCGACUCCUGGCGUGACCAUUCACCUGGAAGUGGGAAGUCUUUGCUUCCUUUGAAAAAAAAGAGUGGCAUUUAUUUCCUGAGACUUCUGAACUCUAAUUUGUUCAUCCCUAAUCUAGUUUUAUCCCUAAAGAUGUCCACCCACCUUGCAACUAAAACAGGGUUGUCACCUGGCCGGUAUUUUAUUAAUAGGGAAAAAAGAUAAAUAUAUAAGAAGGCCGGUAUUUUUUCCCAGAAAAGGUGGCAACCCUAGAGCUACGCAGUUGUACCCAAGCUCCCCGACUUUGUAGCAUGGCGAUUAACGUGGGCUCAUCAAGUGCAACAAAGACCAAAGGGAUAAGGUAUCGAUCGCAAGCAACGAAAAAACAAACACAACAAAACAAAGACCGCGCUUCGGCGACGAGAAGAACGAAAACAGCCCGAUCGUGCCUCCAACCUCCUAAAUUAAAGCAAAAGCCCUUCAGUUACUCCCGUUCUGACAGUCUAACUGAAAACAAAAACAUGGGGUAAAAGGCAGAGAGCAUUGUCAAGUGCAAUAUGAAAAACAAAAGAAAAAUAAUAAAAAAAGAUAUCUAUUUUAUUUAACAGAAUUAAGAUUAGCGACUUCCCCGCCUUCCUCUUUUUCUGGAACUUGGGGGGUGCCAAAAAUUGUUUUUUUUUUGUGCAAAGAGAAACGUGACUGGUGCAACAAGGAGAGGCUCAGCCAACCGGUGCUCCCUCCCACUGUGAAUAUCUCUGGUGCUUUGAAGCUAUUUCUGAAGGUGCUGAUGCCUUUCCACGCGUCUGUGGGAGGACACCGAGCUUUAUCGUUAUUUUAUAAUUAUUAUUAUUAUUAUAUAGGAAGCGCCCGAUGCUUCCCGUUGUACAGACCCCUUCACCCCUGAGACGGGUAUUCAACUACCAACCCAGAAAUCUUGGGGGAUACGUACCUCAGAUGCAAACUUCCCCCUGUGUGUCCUCCCAAGGGAUACUCCGGCAAUUGAUUCCGUGCCAAAACUAGCCCGGCGUGGCCACACGACUACAUUCUAGACACCCCCUCCUACCUUACAGGGCAGAAAUACAAUGGCUCAGGGAUGAAGGGGAAGUGGAAAAAUAAAUCUAAAAUAAAUGGUAAAUUAAAUUUUUAACAAAAAAGUUUUUUUUUUUUUUAAUUUAAAAUGUGUUUAUAUAUAUAUAUAUAUAUUUUAAGGGAAUAUUUUUGUAGGCUUACUGGUGAAUUUGUACCAAAGGAAAUUUUAUUCAUAGGAACUCUGUGUCACUGCUCAGUUGUAUAAAGUGCUUGCGGAAGCUGUAUGAAUUUCUACCUAAGGAAUCGGCCGUAUGUGUGUGUAUACUGCUGCUCUUGCCCGUCUGUCUCGCUCUUAGCUCGGCCAAUCGCCCCGGGCUUAGGGCAGAACCGUUUUGUUUUUUAUUUAAGUGCAACCCCUCCCCUAUUGCUACUUGCUCUGGCAAAAUAAUGAAGGUGCCUUAAACCCAACUGGCUUUGGAGUACGUUCUGUAGAAAUGUUAGUUUCUAUGUGUAAAUUUGGAGCUAAAGAAGAUUAUAUUGCUGUCCAUGUCCAUAAUGAUGUUGUAAUCUAGGCUGUACUGUACUGAGAAUACAAUGUUCUAUGUUUAGAAAGGUUUAUUUUAUGUCGUCAAAGGUUUUUAUUUUUUCUUUUCUUCUCUCCUCCGACAACAGACAGAAACAUUCUUCCAAAUACCUCAACCCUAUGAUCUGGGGGCUCUUUCUAACCUCGCUUUAUCACAUCUCUUUCUUGCUUUAUAGGUACAUUCCUUUUUUUUUUUUUUUUUUUUUCCCCCUUUCUGCCCCUUUUCAUCUGCCUGUUUCAGUGUUGGAAUUUCACAUUAACUUGGCAAAAAAAAUAAAUAAAACAAUAAAAAGGAAACUUUUCAGAACAAG